AUGCUGGAGGGCCGGCGGGCUCGCGCUCAACCUUGCAGGGCUGUGUGGUGUGUGGGGCGGGGUAACCUGUCGUGCCAGUCUCACACCGUAUGGAGAACUACUCCUAUUAUCUUACUUUCUCCGGUGAGUCAGGAUGACCUGGUGGAGUUCAGGAUGGACCUGGUGCCCGGAAACCUUGAUGCGAUGAACACUACAACAUCCUUGCCCCACGGGGUCAACUUCCAGGACGCCAUCUUCCCAGACACCGUAUGGAAACCGCCGUACGUUCUCCAGCCUGUUCCAGUUCUCCAAAUGGUCUCCACCUUGACAACCUCUCCAGCCUUACUCCCCAGAGGGGACCCCCAGGAGGACAGCAGGCUCCUGUGCUCCUCGGUGCAGGGGGCUCUGUUCGAGGAGGAGGAGAAGAGCAGGAAGCAGCAGGAGCGCCUGGGCCAGCUGGAGAGGAGGAACAGGCAGCUGAAGGAGCGCGUCCGGAAGGUGAAGCGCUCCCUCCGGAACGCCAGGAAGAGCCAGCGCCGGGCGGAGCAGGAGAGGCAAGGGCUGGAGGAGAGGCUGAGGUCAGCGGAGAGACGGGCUGGGCACCACCUCAAUUCCAUCACACAGGAGGCUACGCCCAACAGAUACCAGGAGGCUGUGUUACACCGCACGCCACACACACCGCUUUAGCCUCUAGACUGGAUGUUGUUAAAGACUGCUGGGCAGUCUCUCUAAUUUCUGUUGUUCACAGGCACGCAAGCAUGCACCCACACACACACAAUACUAAUUUAGUGUCAUAUUCAGCCAUAUAUACUGUAGUUCCUACACACAUUACAUAGAGAGGGCAUCCAGUAGCCCUCGAAUAGCAGACAGAGGGAAUUAGUAUUAGUGAAUGACUAGAGAGAAUGAGAGAGAUAUUGUAUAGUUCCUAUUAAUACACAGCACUGUCAGCACUAUCAUACAGCACUAUCAUACAGCUGAUGGAUAGACAGAUGAAAUGAAUUUAGAGUGAGUAUAUGAUGAGUGAAUGACUAGAGUGAAUGAAGAAAGUGAGGUUACUUUCUGGUAGGUCUGUGGGCAUUUGUUCCAUGUGUUUGUCUGUUGCUGUCCUAGUGUCAACACCACCAAAGAGUAUGUCCAUGAGGCAUUGGGAUCAUUAUAUAUGAAUGUAUUACUGAAGCUGCAUAUAAACUCUAAUCAGGCAUUA